AACCCAGUGAGGAAAUCCACUGGACACAGGAUAAUCUGGGCCCUUUUAUCAACAGUCAUGGAUCAAUCAUUCUCUGAUACAUCUAAGAAUGAAGACCAUGGAGAUUUGGAGUCCAGCUUUACAGCAUAUUUUAAGAAAACCAAGAAAGAAAGCAAAAUCAUUACUCAGGAAACCAUUGAUUCAAUUGAGUUACACCUGACAAGAGGAAAUAUUCAGGGGGCAAACUCUGUAAUCAGGGAUGCAUUAAAAAAUAUUGAUAAUGCCCCAAUAAACAUUGAUGUCACUGGAGAGUCUGGAGCAGGGAAGUCCAGCUUCAUCAAUGCCCUGAGGGGGGUUGGACCUGAAGAAGAAGGUGCAGCUGAAGUUGGGGUGGUAGCAAGAACUAUGAGGAGAACUCCAUACAAACACCCCAAAAUUCAAACUUUGACUUUAUGGGACCUGCCUGGCAUUGGAACUCUGAACUUUCUACCAAAAGAUUAUCUGGAGAAAAUGAAAUUCCAAGAGUAUGACUUCUUCAUUAUUCUUUGUGCCAAACAUUUUACAAAACUUGAACUAGAUCUUGCCAAAACAAUCAGACUUAUGAAAAAGAAUUAUUACUUUGUGAGAACCAAGGUGGACCUGGAUUUAGACAAUGAGAAGAAAUGCAAACCACGCACCUUUUACAGAGCAAAGACCCUGCAGAAGAUCAGAAGCAUGUGUGUGAACACCUUCAGUCAGAAUAACAUGGAUGCUCCACAGAUUUUCUUGAUUUCUAACAGACAUUUAUCUGACUAUGAUUUUCCAGUCCUGAUGGACACCCUGGUAAAGGAUCUUCCUGCUCAAAAGCGCCACAAUUUUGUUCUUUCCUUACCUAAUAUUACAGAACCAGCCAUUGACAGAAAGCACAGCUCUAUGCAGCAGGCUAUCUGGUUGGAAGCCUGCAAGGAUGGACUUUUAGCUACUGUUCCUGUAGUGGGCAUCCUCAGGGAUGAUGUGGAGAAGCUGAAGGAGAAGUUAAACCACUAUCGAGUCCUCUUUGGAGUGGAUGAUGAAUCCUUGCAAGUCAUGGCUAAGGAUUCCCAAGUGCCUCUUGAACAACUGAAAAAAAUUAUUAAAUCUCCUUAUUUGUUAGAAACUAAGAAAGAAGAAACAUUCGGAGAAAUGCUUUUGAAAUAUUUGGAGAAACUUGCCUUAGGUAAUGGUGGGCUCCUAGCUUCAUGUAUUUACUUUAGGGAAACCUUUUACUUGCAAUUUCUGUUCCUUGACACAGUGACUGAAGACACCAAAGUUCUCCUUAGAGAGACAAAUUUAAGAAAGCAGUUUAAACUCAACUCACCACAGCUACUGACCAUGACAAGAACAAACGAUUACUAUCAAGAAGUCAUUAGAUGA